AUGACAAUCUGCCUGUCAUUGCUGGCCGUGGCGCUCUUCGGCAGUUCAGAGCCUCCCCAAGUGCAGGACCUCGGCCCGGAGCCCGAAGCCAACCACGUGGCCCAUGCUGACUGCGUUUCCGUGCUGACCCUUGUCAUCCGUUGCGUGCUGGAGAAGGAAGAGGCAAAGUCGCAACGCUUUGGGGCGCGAAUCAAAUGGCGGAGGCUUUGUGCAGUCUUCGGUUGCAUUGGUUUGUUGGCGGACCUAAAUCGAAGCAUGCGGCACAACUAUAGCCACACCGCCUGGGAUGACUUGAACAGUUUGCUUGCUUCGUGGAUUGGCUCCGAUGCACUCAUCGCUCAUGAUUCCAACUCGGUGCUGGACCCUUUGGUGAAUCAGUACGCCUCAGCCCGAGCAGUGCGGCAGGUCUGUAGCAUGGUAGGUGCUUCGUGCUUUACCCUAGCCAUGCUGUCUGACAUGCUGGGUUCGAGUUUGGCCAUGCGACGGCCCAUUCCUGCAAUCAAGUUUCUGGCUUGGUCAAGGAGGCUUGGGUUGCUGGGAAGUCUCUUCUACGCUGGCGGAUUGCUGGUGUUCAAUCUGCCAGACUAUGUGGGCCUGCUAGAUUUUGGAUCGCUCAAGCGGUGCGGCAGUGGGUUUUGUGACGCUGGGUAA